AUGGAGGCCUUGGAGAGCGGCGGUGCUGGUCUUUCGUUAGCUGCGGACCCGCUUCUUAGUGCAGCGUUAAGUAGUCCGUUACAUCACCUUACAAGGCGAAUGUCAAGUCCACACCCUGCUCAUGCAAGUCCUCACGGUAGUCCGAGUCCUCAUCAGGUCGAUGUGGAGUUCUUCGAAUACACAGGAUCAGUUGGUGGACGAAAUGGCGGAUCGCAUCAUCGAGGCAGUCCUCACGCGGCAACCAUAUACGGUUUCUCAAACAACUAUGCAACUUUGACGGCUAUACAGCCUAUACAACCCUUACCCCCUAUCUCAACUGUUACAUCGAACGGUGGUUCCGACAAAUACCGACGUUCUAGCAUCUCUCCUAGUAGGGAUUCUAGAUCACAAGACAGCAAUUACUUCUUUCCACCUUCUAGCCAGGGAUAUAAUAACUAUAAUGUGACGAAUAUCAAAUAUGAAUAUGAAUUGAAAACAGAAGAUGAACCAGACUCUCCUGGAGGCCAAAACGAUCCUCAGUCACAUAGCUCUGAUAAUCCAUUUUCUCCAUCGAACUAUGCUGCUGCAUAUAACAGCUUAGAACUCAGGGAGCCGAAAUUAGAAAAGGACUGUUUUUCUUAUAAUGGAUAUGCGAAUGGUGAUUGUGAUUCUGAUGACGUCGGUUUAUUAUCCAAUCAGUCACCAUCACCUAAAAAAGGUUCUCCAAUAUUGAAUGGGAGUUUAGAUGAUGAUGACCUAGAUGAUGGAGAAGAACUUAAUACGAAGGAUUUGGCUCAAAAAAUCUCUGCUGAAUUAAAAAGAUAUUCCAUCCCUCAAGCCAUAUUUGCUCAACGUGUUCUUUGUCGCUCGCAAGGAACUCUCUCAGAUUUAUUACGCAAUCCAAAGCCUUGGUCAAAGUUGAAAAGUGGUAGAGAAACAUUCCGACGUAUGGCCAAAUGGCUACAAGAGCCAGAGUUUCAACGAAUGUCCGCUCUACGUAUGGCAGCCUGUAAACGGAAAGAAGAACAGCAAGUGCAAUGUAAUCAGCCCCAACCACCGAAAAAGCCUCGCCUAGUUUUCACGGACAUUCAAAGAAGAACAUUACAAGCAAUUUUCAAAGAAACUAAAAGGCCUUCAAGGGAAAUGCAAAUGACUAUAAGCCAGCAACUGGGUUUGGACCCUACAACAGUUGCAAAUUUUUUUAUGAACGCUCGAAGAAGAGGACAUGAUCAACGGCCAGAGUCUGAUUUGCAAGGAGGAGCAAAUUCAGUAAAUUCUGUUUCUAGCUCAUCAAGCAAUGGAAGUAGUCAAGAUCUCUCGAAUGGAAUUCUUGGAGAUGAUCAGAAAUGUUCGGGUUCACCUGUUCGAGUUCAGGCAGUCACUGUCCAACCUCUAUUUGAACAGUUAUAA